CACCACGUCAUUGUCAUAGAAAACGGUGCGUGCUCUUACCGGCUCACUUGUGUGUGUGCCUCGCCGCGUUGAGGACCUCGAGCCGCGUCCGCUCCGCUCAGUGGCCUGCCAUUCAUCAACGCGGAUAGUAUUCCUGUGUGUGAGCGAGUGUGUGUUAGAGUGGCUCCAAUGUUGGGCCAGGAACACAGUCGCACCAUUUCUCCUGACAUGUUGAGUGACAGGACUUUAUACAGUCACUUUUUUGCCAAGGAAAUCGAACGGAUUCGAUACUCUCCAUACCCAAACCUGGACGAUAUGAAGAUAGCGGAGGGAGGCCCAGCCAGGAUGGGGAGUAGCUCACAGUAUUGCCUCCGUUGGAACAACCACCGGAACAACUUGCUGGCCGCCUUCGACCAGCUACUACACGUGGAGGCCUUCACCGACGUGACGCUGGCCUGUGAGGAGGGCGUCACGUUGCACGCCCACCGCCUCGUCCUGGCGGCAUGUUCGUCCUACUUCCAGGCGUUGUUUGUCAACGCUCGCGCCGCCAAUCACCCUAUUGUGGUGCUGAAGGACGUGCGCGCCACAGAUAUGCGUGCUCUGCUGGAGUACAUGUACCGUGGUGAGGUGAACGUAGAGCACGACGAUCUGCAGGGCCUCCUUCGUGUGGCUGAGAGCCUGAAAAUCAAGGGAUUGGUGGAGGAACUAGGUAGUGACGCUGCCGUCCGCCGCCCGCCUUCCCCACACGAGACCAUCCGCCCUGCCACAGCUCCAGUGGACGCCCGCACUCACCAAGACCUGCCGCGUCUACAGCCAGAGCCGCCCACGUCCACAGCCAUGCCCUCGGUGGCCACUCACGACAGAGCAUCUUCACCUAAGGCUCCAUCGUACUCGCUUCCUCCACCUGGCCUUCCUCCGCACCGCCCACAUCACCGCCUAGACCACAGAGACCAUCGCCUUGACCAUAGGGACCACAGAGAUCACAUGGACGUCCGCGAGCUGGAGCUGCGGGACCACCUGAGGGACCACGUACGGGACCCGCGUGAGGGACACGAACCUAGGGAGACACACACACCCAGCAGCCUCGAUAGCGACUCCCGCCAGCCUCUGUCCCUCGUAGCCCCAAUGCCCCAUUUACCUUCACAUUGCCCAGACUCUCCUCCUCAAAAACGCAAGCGGACCCAUAUGCUCUCCGAUCCCAUGCUCUCGCCGACUCCCAUCCUUCGCACUGCCCUCGGUCACACUCACGGCUUCCCUGGGACCGACAUGAGCUCCCUUGUGUCUUUGGCCUCCUCAAUGAUGCCACUGCCUGGCCUCCUCAGCUCCCACGUGCCACACCUGCUGCCCCAUGAACAUAGAGAACACCUCGAGGCGCAGUACGGCGUGGUACCCAAGAAAGAACACCAUGACGAUGAAUCGCGUCCCUUCUCGGACAUAUCGCGUGAAGACGAACAGGACCACAAGAUGAAGCUCGAGUCGCAGCUUGCCAAUGGACCGCUCCUGCCGGACUUCAACCCUUACCACCUUGAUCCGAAUGGUUCCUCGCACUUCAGCAACUUUGUGAGUUACGUGCCCACGCCCAAGCCGGAGUGGAAGAGAUACAAGCAAUACACCAAAGCCGAUCUGAUGGACGCUAUUGACGCAGUGAAGAACGGCAUGACAGCCCUUCAGGCCUCUAGGAAAUAUAAGGUUCCAUCUCGAACCCUUUAUGACAAGAUCAAGAAGAUGGGCAUCAGUACUCUGCCGCGUCGCCUACCCAACAAGAAGCCAUCUCCUUCCAGCACGGAGAUCGAGGGAAAUGCCCCAGACCCACACCCGCCUCAAGAGACCAUGGAGCCACCCCAACCAGACAGAGACCCCACUCCUCACCAGGACCUCGAGAAGAGACCAAUCAAGAGUGUAACGAGCGAUGAGGAGGACCACUCUACCACAGGUCCUCCAGUGGUUGACGAAGAGGAAUCCACAACCUCUACUCCCGCUCUCGGCUCUUUUUCGCUCGUGGGCCGCAAAAUGUUUGAAAAUGGUGGAGCAGGGGAGACAUCUGCCACACCCUUGGACCUAACAGAAUCCGAUUCGCUUAUAGCUAAAAGACCGGAGAUAGAGGAACGAGCAUAAAAUGAAGACGAUAGUGAGUCUGAGAACUGGCUCGCUGCUGUGCACUCCCUCGUCGAAGUCCAACAUGCUCCUGAGCACUGUAGGGUCGCUCAGUCCAGAUGGUGUGUUGCCCUGUUCGAAAUGCGUCAUGUUUUUGUUGACUCAUUUCCGUGGGUCAGACCACUGAUCACACUCAGGUCGUUGGGGGUGGAUUCCAGCCGGUGUUACGGAAGGCUUGGAGAGGAGUUUAGCAUGUCUUGACCUCCCGCCGAAUGAUUGAUUUCAGCUAGGGUUGUGAUCUUUUCUCUAAGCAGAUAGCUGAAGGUCGUUUCCAAAUUGUUCAUGGUUCCAACGCAUACAACAGCUCAGUUGAUUAUGCAAGAACUCAUAAGCUCAUGAAGAAGUUUGCAGGGACCAUCUCAAUCUGGAAACUGUUUACAUUUCUCCCCCAUCUCUCAUUCCAUAUUCGGUUCCAUGUCGCAAAUAUUUUCCGUUGUUGUAGUUUGCAGUCCGUUUACCACUUGUGCCACCGACAGCAUGAUCGGCCGAGGACAGGCCGCCUCCUAGACCUUCCUCAGGGUAUUCCUGCCUUUCAAGAGCUCACAUCCUCGGAGCUAUAAAAGAGGCAGAAAAGAGGGUAACAUUUAGUUUGUUGCCUAAGAUUCUCGCCAAGGGCAGGUGAUAUCGAUGGAGCAGUAGCUGGACACUUGGGCCAGUUUUCCAAAAAGGCAUUGUCAGAUUUAAUUAACAUGAGAACAGCCGCGGAGCUUGUGUUGUGCUACGGUGGCUUGUGAUGUGCCGCGUCGCCACGUGAAGCACUGAUAUGUUGUAGACUAUGAGCAGACCAAUAAGGGCCCUCACGAUGAGGAAUAGCAAUCAUGUGUUGUUAUUAUCAUUAUUAUUAUUAUCAUUAUUAUUAUCAUUAUUAUUAUUAUUAUUAUUAUUAUUAUUAUUAUUAUUAUUAUUAUUACUGUCAUUAUAUUAUUAUUAUUAUUAUUAUUAUUAUUAUUAUUAUUAUUAUUAUUAUUAUUAUUAUUACUAUCAUUAUUAUUAUUAUUAUUAUUAUUAUUAUUAUUAUUAUUAUUAUUAUUAUUAUUAUUAUUAUUAUAAUUAAUAUUAUUAUAAUCAUCCACAUCAUCAUUAUUGUUAUUAUUAAAAGAUCACAUUUUCAUAUUUAUUGAGUGAUCAACAUCAUAUACAUUUAUAGUUUAUCUUUCACAUGUAAAUAAAAGUGGUUUAAUUUGAUAGUUGGCUCCUGUCCCAUUUCUGCCACUUUGAGAGUCCACCCUUCCCAUCUCCCACUUACGAUGCCGCUGCAAGGUAAUCAAAAUUCCUCCUUGUGGUAUAAAGUCACAUUUCCGAAACUAGCAGUUGUAUCCAUAAUUUUAAGGUUUUGGUCUUUUUUCACUCUUGAUGUUUACUGAGAUACCUCACCCAUGUUGAGUGAAGAUGUAUACCAACGCUAAGAUAAUUACGACGCUGCAACAGUAUACGAUGAUUGAGAGUGUAUGAAUACGUAUAUAUAAAUAUCAAUAUCUAUUUAUGUUCAGAUUUAGAUUAAUCUGUCUUAUGGACGCUUAGGUCUUAAGGUCAGUGAUUUCAUAAUUAUUAUUUCAUGGAAAUCUUAAGACUUGAUUAGUAACUUUUAUAAUUAUUUGUUAUGUACGGUAUAACUGCUGGACCCGAGGGACCUUAUCGCCGGCAGAGCGCCAGCAUGUAUACGAGUGCCCAUGGGACAUCCUGUCGCCACCGUCCCCGCCACACAACAUCCAGGAGUGACGUGCUUUUGGUGGUGCCUUCGGGAGGGCGAUGGUCGGAAAUACGAGCGACAAAAGAAACUCCUCGGUGGCGUAAUGUGAUAGCGGGAAGUCUUGUGUGUGUGUGUGUGUGUGUGUGUGGUAUGGGAAAAGGCAUUUAUUUUACGCAAUAGUAGUUGAGUGAAGAUUUAACAUUACCUGAUGUGAUGGGCUGCACUUUGAGGUAAAUCAAUAGUCAUUCUUGUUAACAGUCAGAGACGUGUAUCGAAAAGUAAUAUUCAAACAUUAAGAAAAGCUCCAGGCAUGAAGAAAUGACGCAAAAUUCAUGAUUUACUGGCCCACCCUACUAAGGUUGCAAAAAGUGUUCUAUGUUUAAGUCUACUACAGUAUGGAACACUUGAGAUGCCUGCCAACCGACAUUUUCUUACGUUACAAAUUCACACACACAUACACACACACACACACACACACACACACACAAGAAAGGAGUGAUAAAGUAAUGUUUUCUUUUUUUUCUUUUUUUUAUACACGUGAAAUUACACACAUCGGCAUUUACACAAAGGAAGAACGUGAUCAAGCAACGAAUCCUAACUCUAUAAUGAGCAAAUCCAAAGAAUGAGAUGUCAAUGUUUCAUACUGAGUGUACACACACACACACACACACACACACACACACACACACACACACACACACACACACACACAAUUUUUUUUUUUUCUUUUCUUUCCUAAGAUGGCACAGAACGUUUCAUACAUGGCUGCCAUCAAUACCACAGUAGCAGGUGGUGUUCAUUACUUUUCUCCAGGGGGGCCGGCUAAGGUAGGAUGCGUUUUGGCAUCUCAUCAGAUCUCAACUCAUUAACCGGCACCGUAAUGAAACAACAUGCGAGCGAUGCAGAACAAUACAGUACAUUGCAUUACUUCACAAAGUCUUAAUGAAAGUUAACAUUAAUUAUGAUAAUAAUAAUAAUAAUAAUAACAACAACAAUGCUUGUGUGUGUGUGUAUGUGUGUGUGUGUGUGUGUGUGUCUGUCUGUCUCUAUGUGUGUGUGUGUGUGUGUGUGUGUGUGUGUGUGUGGAGUUCCAUCGCACUUGGCAACAGACAGCAUCGCAGCGUACAACCUUUCUUUCUUUCUUUCAUUUUUUUUUUUUUUUUUUUUUGAGUGUGCGCUUGGUGCUCCAAAGAGGCUCAAGCAACUUUGUUAAUCUUUAAAGCUCGAAUCAUAAAAUUUAAAUUACAUCGUUGUUUCGUAUGAUGCAAAAUAACUAUGCUUUGUUUUCAAAUCUAUUCGAGAGAAAUUCUCGUUGGAUGACAAACAGUAGCUCAGAGCAGCAUGAGGCAGGCAAAUACGGUGGCCUCUGGUACAGUUAUUCCUUAUUUAUGCCCAUCAGAAUGGUUUUUUGAUGCACUGAAAUCCUUCACUCAUUGAAUCGACGCUUUUGUCCAGUUUUGGGCAUUCGUGUCUGAUGUUUUACCUAGUGCUGUGGUUUCAGUCAAUUUACGAGCACAGUAAUAUUCUUACUCACUUUUAAUCAAUAAAUAUUUAAUGCUUAGGCCUCCUGUGUGUGGAGCCACCAUUUUCGGUGAAACUUCGUACGUUAUCAUUCUUAAAAAGUUGUUAAUACUUUGUUAUAAGAAGCGUAUUGCAUUCGUAGUUCUGACAGUGUAAACAGCCUACGAUGUUCACGUAAUUUUAGAAGUACUCUUUUGCAAGGGCAUUUCGCUCAGUUACGUAGGAACUUUCCUUCUUUUUUUUUCUAUUUACUACUUUCUAUUUGUCAAGGUUACUACUUUUAUUUAUAUGACAUUUUUCUAAGUACUUGAAAAAGGAACUUGCUUACUGCAGCCUCUACUUGUGCCAUAGAUGAAAUAAAGUAAAUAAAUAAAUAAAAAUAAAUUCAAUCGUAAAAGAAAAAAGCAGAGCUUGAAUACCUUUACGUGCAGGUUGGUGUGGAGUGAGCGUCGUAAAGAACCUCGGAGAACAUGCGAUGAUUCCUAGUAUCUUUGUAUCGGAAACCUUGCGAAGCGAUUUUAAGAAGUAACACUUUUCUCCUCAGUCCAUAAGGGUGUGUGCGUUUCCUGGCACUUCCGAACACCAGGAUUACUUAUAUGCACCACGAGAGGUUCGAUCUCUUAUUCAAAGAAACUAUAUGCUUUCAUUUUCUAAUUCACCUUUUAGUAAUUUGUUUUAACAGGGUCUUAUGUUAAAGAACACUUUUACGUCGUAUGUAAAUACAGGUUUGCUCUUUUGACAUUGUUACCUUUGGAUGGUUUAAUAUAUGAUAGAGAAAGAAAUCGCGAAAGAGGAGCCAUAUUGCAAAUUUGUUAUAAGGAAAACAAAUUUCUUUUUGUAAAUGAGUAGUUGUUAAAGAUAAAAAUAAGGAUAAAACUACCACGGAAAAACAGAAUGGGGGAGGAAGUGUGUUACUGUGUCAUCUUAGGACAAGCUGACUUAUUGCAUCGUCUGAGUCUUUCUUUGUAAACUGUUAUUUCGUCCUACAGCAAUCAAUGCACAUAAUAGACAAAAAUAAUGUUUCUUUUGGUGUCUUAAGGUCUGUUGUAUUAUCAUGUUUUAUGGGGAAGAUUGCUGCAAACUUGAAAUUAUCCAAAAAAACGAACUGAGCUUGUUCCUCAGUGUUUGCCCACAUUUUGUGAUAGAAAGGUUUUUGCCUGUGAUCUGACGGGGCGUUUAUGAUCCUCAGUAACAAUGAGUGACGAGGAAAAUUGUAAUUUUGCUACAGAUGGGAGGGUCGUCCACUUCCAAGAAUGCGAAGAGCGAAUCCGGGGAUUUAUGAGUCGUGGAGACACGUCAUGGAUGAUCAGAGGUGAAUAGGGUUUGGGCCAGUAGGAGACUAUUUUUUGCAUGUUCAUUCCAGAUUCUCUAAGGAGACAUGUAUGAAGUCCAUUAUCUGAAUAGCACUUGACAAGUAUUCGUAUAGAAAAUGGGUGUUACUGGAAGCUGUGAUGUGGAACAUUGCAAAUGCCUCAGUCUGCGAGGGUACAGAGACCCGCGGAAUAGGUGAAGUGAGAGGUGCUGGCUAGCCUUGCUCAGUCAUUGCGCCUCCGUUUCAUCACUGCGUCAAGGCUGUCUCGCACCAGCCAUGCCACUGCGAAACGAGUCUUGAUAGGUCCAGUCAACAUCUAAGGCAGUGUAACGUGGCCCUGUGAGUGUUACGGGUCGGAGGCCUUCGUGCCUGAAUAUCCAAAGAGAAGCAGAUCCUCCUGGGACUGCUGGCAAGGGUGGCGGCCCUGCGAAACCUGUGUUAAUGCUGAGGAAAAGCUCGGCGCGGAACUCACGUAUACGAGGAUUUGAUAGUCUACAAAAUUCUUAAUAUUAAUCUUCAUUGUAAUCAUAGUUUAACAUGCAUGGUAUACGAACCUAAUAUUUAAGUCUUAAGUAGCCUGUAGGCUAAUAAUAUUCGGUAACUACUGUGUAAAACGAUAUACGUAAGAAUGUGUCUUUCUUGAUGGUGUGCACACUCAGGAAGGUGCCGCGAGUGAGGGUGGCGCCCCUGCCGCUUCGCACUACUGCCAUGCCUUCCGUGCUGAAACGAGGCCGCGUGGAACUACUUCAAGGAUGCUCGGCGUGGCUCACACAUGGACAGUCAAACAGACUCGCCGCGAGCACGGCUAUGCAAACAUUAUCUCGAUGCAACAACGAGUCCAGUUGUGUACGCAGGUUGCAUUAACGUGUGUAAGGGUGAGGCCGACUGCAGCAUCAUGCUUGGCGGGAGAUUUCCUAGAAGCCAAGGCGAAAGCUGGCGCUCAAGAAAUCGGUGCAGCGGUUGUGUUCUGGAUAUAAAGCUGUGCUCGCGACACCCAUGAUCAAUGGAGAUUUGAGGAUAAGUUUCCUGAACAAGUAUAAAGGAACUGAAUACCAUGAUAAGCACUUGUGUCCAUGAACGGUGUAUCGAUUGUUUGCAAGGGAAAUUCCUUAAGGGACAGAGGGUGUUGUAAAUAACUGUUUUAUAUAAUCCACUGAUAUUAGUGAUAAGAUGCGUAAUUGUUUAUAGGGAAUACAUGAAUGCACAAGACAAUAGCUGAGGUGGUGAUGAAAGAGAGAUCCGGCGCCUCCCUGCCUGAGGUGAGCUGUGCCGGCCGCCCACUGCACGUCAGUUCUUUCAGGACACUAACUGUUAUCAGUGAUUUUCUAGAAUCAGUGCUGUUGUACCAGCGGCUCAAGAAUACUGUUACUGCUGUCCUUGUGUAGUUUUGUAGAUAGUAAAAAGGGUUAGUUGAUUAAAGUAAUCGGUGUGUCAGCUGUGUGAUGCCCGCUCGGUCCUUAUGACCAAGGGUUAAAGUCUACUCCCCAUAUGAAUAAAUUUGUAUUUAUUGAAGACAAAUGACUAAUGGCUUUGAUAAAUAGUGUGUCCUUAUGUUUACUAUGUAUUUUAUAUGAUGGCCUCAGUAUGUUUGUACCUAAUUUUAUUUGAAACUUCGCUAACAUGUUUCGUAAUAGUGUACAAAAAGGAGCUCCAUGAUUACUGAAUACAAUGUACAAAGAAUAUACUGAUGGUACAAAUAUAUCUUAUGCGGCGUUUGGGGCACUGUUUGCCCGACAAGAGUAAGAAUCAUCAUUCAUAUUUUCUUUGUUUUCUUAUGAGGUUUUGUUCUUUUCAUCAUAAUGAAAGUGCGCCGUUCGAAAAACUUAGUAAUAAAUCUUGAUUCGCAUAUCUUUCGGCUUCCGGCGAAACUUUCCCGAUCUCUGUGACUCCAGCCACAGUUAGCGGCUCAGUUGUUACCUGUUGUUGUUUGUAUGUUGUACUGUUAAAAGAGAGAGAGAGAGAGAGAGAGAGAGAGAGAGAGAGAGAGAGAGAGAGAGAGAGAGAGAGAGAGAGAGAGAGAGAGAGAGAAACAAUCAACGAAUAUUUGGAACUGUUAGCUUUAUUUUUUUUUAUUAUUAUUGUUUUUUUUCAUUUAUUUAUUUAUUUAUUUUUUUUUUUUCUGUGUGUGUGGUGCACAUGUGGCGGACUGGCCGGCUUGAUUCAACCAGAUCUGACCUGUGCCAGCCUGCCCCCGCGCACGCCCAUCACCUAACGAGUCUUGCAAUAGGCUACCAUCGACUACACAAUGUCACAGGUUUAAUAUAAAGCAUAUAUUCAGCUGCUUCUUCCACCUUUGCUCUUGAUAUUGACCAUGAUCCAGCGUUACAUAGAAACUUGUCACAAAGAGAGAGAGAGGGAUUCCAUAUAUAUAUAUAUAUAUAUAUAUAUAUAUAUAUAUAUAUAUAUAUAUAUAUAUAUAUAUAUAUAUAUAUAUAUAUAUAUAUAUAUAUAUAUAUAUAUAUAUAUAUACACACACACACGUACACAUAUGGGCAGGAAAAACAACUGUCGUGAUCAUGUACUGCCCCACAUUGCGCUGGUUCACCUGAGCUCGAAAAUCUCUCAAUCUUCACAUUUGUACAAAAUUCAAAAGUAAAAACAUUUUUACGAACUGUUUAGCAAUGUUUUGAUCGUAACGAAAGCUCCCAAAGCAAGGUGUGCUGUGCCGUGAUCCUUGCGUGUCAAGGUGAACACAACUCUCGGCUACAGUAGAGUGAGAGAGAGAGAAAAAAAAAAAAACGUGCAAAGAUGACGUGGAAGAAAUAGAAAGAUAUAUUUUGUAAUAUUUAUGUCAGUUACGAAUUAUGAUCAACGGGGACUGCACAGUGACCAAGACUGACCGCAUCAAUCACUUCCCCUUAAAGCUUACCAUUAGUCCAUAAAUAAAUAUCUCGAAACCAUGAUGAUAAAUGACUAAUAAUUUGUGCACAGAAUUCAAACCUGCAACUCUGCAUUUUAGUUUCAAAUUCACGGGUUGAUCAGGCUUUUCACCGCCAGUGCAUUCUCCUUCAUCAGAAUAUCAGGGAAGUUCACUUUACUCGGGGAACUUAAGUACAAACAUCCCACAAAAGAUAAGUCCAGCUCGCCAGCCUGAGUGACAAGGCGCUUCAAACCCCAGCGGAGGACAUUGACCCCUGUCAGAAUAGCCAAAUUCUGCUGUUGUAACACACGCUGUUUUCGUUCUCCUUUCUACUAAUUUGUGGAAACUUCUAGCUAUCUAAUAUAUAUAAAACUAUCCCCUGAAGCCUUUCCAGUCUAUUAGACUCCCUCUCAAGGGGAUUUGAUGCCGUCUGUCACUCUCAGCCUGGACGAGGACAAUCUAUAUUACGUUCUCUUUGGCUCGUCUACAUAUAUUUUCAGAGAAGUUGACGAAAUCAUCUAGAAUAUUACUAGAAAUCACCUAUAAAUAUAUUGUAAAUGCAUAUAUUAGCCAACCACUGUGUAGUCACUGUUUUGGUACAAACCUUCUUCCCCUUCCCACAAAUGUAAUAAGAAAUUCCUGCAGAUAUGCUUGUUUCACCUAGAAGCUUUGUUGAUCGAGUCGUGUAGGAGACAACAGCUCUAGCCAGCGAAUAGACAAAGAGGGUCUUGGAGGGCACCCCCUUAUUCUCUCCUGGCCACUGCUGGUGUUUCGUUCACACACACUUGGCUGAUGCUCAACACUUGUUAUAUAUUGGUUGUGUAGUUGUACUUAUUAUAGAAUGAACGAUGAAAAACUGCCCUGAACACACUCAGGUCACGUGAUCUAUAUAGAUACUAUAUAUAUAAAUAUAUAUAUAUAUUAUAUUAUAUGUAUGUAUUUAGAGAUGUUUCAUUGUCCACGACGUGUCGAAAUUGAAGCAAAAAAGCUGAAGGUUCAUUGUGCGGCUGUCAUGUGAGUCGGUAUGAGCCUUGCUUUCACGUUCACAUGGAAACGAUACUUAUUGCUUGAAUUUUGAAAGUGGACCCAGUGUUAUCUCCCUCCCGCGUGCACUUGGCGCGCCCCACCACGAGUAGACCCAGGUGUUUGUAAACUGAAAUAUUUCCUAAUUUCAGUGCCUAUCAAGUGUCAGUCUGUAUGUAUUAUAACUAAGCAACCUUCUCCUUCCCACCUUUCCUUAUUUCUAAGGCAUUUUCUCCCUACACAUAUAUAUAUAUAUAUAUAUAUAUUUUUUUUUUUUUUUUUUUUUUUUUGACAACGGGGAGAACAAACGUUGUCAAAUAUUUUAUAGUUUUAAUGCAACAUUCAAUUAGACAGAACAAUGUUACGCGUUUCCAUAUGUCUUCUGAGUAAUGAAUGAUAUAGUUGGCGGCCUGUACAAACGUUUUAGUGGUAGUCAUUCAUAACAGCUCAGAGUAGUAAAAACAAUAUAAAAAAUAAUAAAAAAAAAUGUAAUGUUUGUUAAAGCUGUCCCCCUCACGAUUUCUGAUGACUAUGUGCAAUAUAGAGCUAAGCCACACUUCUGAUCCUGCCAGGCCAGACCCACUAUCGCCGAGGGGGUCAGUCAACACUAGGCUGGUGAUAAGACAACCAGGAAAACCUCGCGUGACGGCAUUCUUACACCUAUCUGUAACUUGUAACAGAGAUGCUUAGGUGUUUAUAUAUAUAUAUAUAUAUAUAUAUAUAUAUAUAUAUAUAUAUAUAUAUAUAUAUAUAUAUAUAUAUAUAUAUAUAUAUAUAUAUAUAUAUAUAUAUAUAUAUAUAUAUAUAUAUAUAUAUAUAUAUAUAUAUAUAUAUAUAUAUGCAUUCUUGGAUUCUUCCGUCACUGAUUUCUUGUUCACCUUUCCCAUCUAGCCACCAUCUUCAAACAACGACUGCACCGUGUUAACUUGAUUGAAAGAUCUUGCAAUACUAACGUUCCCCUACUUCCCCAUCCUUCCACCAUUUUUCCUUGUAUAGUCACGUCUCCAGACAGACCAAUGUUUUCGGACUAACUCAGGUUUAAUGCAUUAUAAUCAAAAUGACGUAGCCGUAUAGUCAUCUCCGUAGAGUGCCAAAUGUGUUUACGCGGCUUGGAAACCUUAACUGCGUCUGGCAAACCCCAUGGUCUCUCCGGCGAAACAUCGAAUACCUUAGGCGGUCCUCCGUGAGUCUCAGGCCAUGGACGGCCAAGCUGGAGGUGGUUGAGGUCACAUGCCGCACAGUAGUUAUAUGGCUUUCGUAAGCUUGUUGCUCAAUGAAUCUUGAAAAUAUUGGAAUGUCUCUUUAGUUACUUCCUCUUUAAUCUCUUAUCUGCUCACUCUUGUGCCGUGAUACACCUACUAGUAGUGUUGAGCUUGUCAUUCUCUCUCUCUCUCUCUCUCUCUCUCUCUCUCUCUCUCUCUCUCUCUCUCUCUCUCUCUCUCUCUCUCUCUCUCUCUCUCUCUCUCUCUCUCAUAUAUAUAUAUAUAUAUAUAUAUAUAUAUAUAUAUAUAUAUAUAUAUAUAUAUAUAUAUAUAUAUAUAUAUAUAUAUAUAUACAUAAAACACACACACACACACAUUCCUUAUGCUAUAUCCCUGCUCAAUUUCUGGAAAUUUAUUGACAGAUUCCUCCCCACUCCGGCGUAAGACAUCAUCAUGUGGAAUCCUGCCGAUGAUUGGUCCCUAUAUUCAAAUCUCAACUUGCCGUAUAUACGGGUUCUUACGUCGUGACCAAGGCUUCCUCAUGCCUUGGAACGUGCAUCACUGGCCUCAUGCUGCAGCACGUUUCCUCUCGUCCAUGUAUCAGUUUAAAAGUUGAUAAGAACAAAAAGUUGUGUUGUCUCUUCCCGCGGGUAUAUAUACAUUAUCUCUCUCUCUCUCUCUCUCUCUCUCUCUCUCUCUCUCUCUCUCUCUCUCUCUCUCUCUCUCUCUCUCAUCAACAAAA